AUGAAGCGACGCUUUAUGACAUGGUACGUGGCGAAACGGGAGAAGCAUAACGGCGUUCCCGAGCCUCCAACUCUCCCAAGUCCGCGACCGCACAUUUUAACGCCAUCGCCUUCAAUUGAAGCCUUGUCCCAAUCACAACAGGACGCGCCCUUUUUCCAGAUGCUCCCAUACGAGAUACGAAGGCAAGCCCUGAUUGAGGCGUUUGGCGAUCGUACAAUUCACAUGGACCUCACGUACAAUUACCCACCAAUGCCAGGUAAUGAGCAAACACACGCCAUGAUCCAGGAAUGGUGGUCAGGCCUGGACAAGAGCCGACCAAAGUCUUGGUCCUGGAGAGGCUGCAUAUGCCAUCGAAGGCCUCCGCCUUGGCACCCAGCUAUCGCGACAGAGUCCUAUAGCUCGAGGGCAGUUGAUAAGGAUAGGUGUUGCGUGGGGAUCGCACACUGCUGCGAUAUGUGGAAGAAGAACGGUGAAGAGCUAUAUGGGUGUUGGAUCGGCGCUCUGGUAUCGCUUCAAACGUGCCGACAGGCCUACACUGAGGGCAUCAAUGUCUUGUACAGCACAAACACUAUACAUAUUUCGAGCGCAAUUUUGCUCACCGACCUCCCCGAAUAUAUCCUCCCACAAAGAUUAUCAGCUAUAACAUCACUGGAAAUUAUCUGGUCUGUUGAAACUGACGUCUGUAAAGGCAAGAAUCUCCCGCGCGAAAACGACCUAAAGGCAAUCCUUCUGAUUCUCGACAAUCACUUCCCUAGCCUCAAGAAACUCAACCUGGCGUUGAAGCUUGGGCUGUCUAAAGAUAGAAAAACGGAGUUUCGACACAUUUUUGCAAUUCUCGACGACUUUUUCAACCGCCACACCUCUGAUCGCAUGCAAGACCCUUUCGCCGUCUCAAUCUCGUACGCUGCGUACGUUGAAUUGCGCCGCGAGAUAAUCCGCGCCCAAGGGCAUAAAGGAGAUACUUUUCACUGGCAGAUAUGGCGCUCCUUUGAUGGCGAAUACGUUCUGCCGCAGAAGCCAUGGACUGGGGCAUAUCUAGAAGCAAUUCCUGGGGCAAGAUGCAACAAUGGGUAUUGGAUUUAUUCUGGCGAGAUCACUACUCCAACUGGAGGGGCCGGAAGCUAA